AUGUACAAAGGAUCGUUGCUGCGAGUUCCUGGCUAUAUUCUAAUGUUCUUCAAUGGAAUUGUAGAUGUUGCUGAUUUAAUUGUAACUUCCUGCUUUGUGACAUACUUUCACUUUACUGGUGCCGUGUUCUGCACAACGAUAUUGUUGGAAUGGGUUUCAGGACAUCUCGCUCUCGGUUUUUGGCUCGGAGUGUCGUCCAACUGUAUUGUAUUAGCCUUCAACAGGAAAAAUUUUGUAUUCGUGGAUGACGCUUUCACUAUUCUAUAUGCUCAUGGCAUGGUUCGCACUAAGACCUCUACCUUUCAAUAG